AUGGCCUCUCCACCCCCUCCCUCUGGAGACACAAUCCUCUUCCGCCCCAGCAAGAAGCGCAAAAUCUACCGACAGCGCCACGACGACGACGAACCACUCCCCGAACCGCAAGCCGCGGGUCCAAAUACGCGCACCUCUCCGGCACCAGCACUGCCAAACCCACAGAGCAUAGACGAGCUCAUCGCCUCCACAUCCGCCACUCUACCCGCAGAAGCAGAAGGAGAAGAACUAGAAGGCACACCCGUCUCCAUCUCCGAGAUCCUACGGCGACGAAAAAAGAACAAAAGGGUUGGGGGCGUAGAAUUCCGUGCCGAAGGCCACAUCGCGCGGGACGAAGACGGGGAACUGGUUAUUCGACAUGCGGCUGGAGAAGAGCCCCGGCCUGCAGCUGGAGAUGGUGGCGUGAUUCGCAAGUUUGCUAGACAGACGGGCGCGGUGGGCGAUGUGGAUAAGCAUAUGAUGGCGUAUAUAGAUUCCGAAUUGGCUAAACGUCGUGUUGAAGGCGCUCAGGCGCAAAGCUCACAACCGCAAAGUUAUGGGUCUUUGAGGAGUGGGAUGGGUGGGUUCGAGAUGCAAGUCGGGGGUAAUAGGGAGGGGAAGAAGGAGGUCGAGGUUCAGAGGCAGCCGGCUGCAUUGGGGAAGCUGUUGGAGAUUGAUCUUGGUGAUGAAGCGAGGAGUAAGAACGUUAUGCGGACGGAACAGGCGAGGAGGAGGUUGGAUGGUGAGGAAAUUGAGGAUGAGGAUAAGCCAGGGAAGCCAGGGAAGGUUAGGUUGGGGAGGGAUGGGAAGCCUUGGAGGGGCAGGAAGAGGAGAGGUAGUGAUGAUGUUAAGAGGGAUAAACUGGUCGAGGAGGUUUUGAGGGAGAACAGGCUGGAGAUCUAUGAGGAGCCUGUGGUGGAGUCUCAGGUUAUUAACGAUGACCAAGCUGCAGAUGAUAGGAUUGCGGAAGCGUUCAGGAAAGAAUUUAUGGAUGCUGUGUCUGCACGACAGAGGAAGAAGACAGCACCUGCUCCACCUCCAAGUAGAACAGUUAGCGGGAAGAAAGAGGAAGAGGUUAUGAAGGGUCCGAAGUUAGGUGGGAGUAGAAGUGCAAGGGCAGCAAUGCGGGAGACGAUGCUGAAGAAUGCCAAGAAGUAA